AUGGUAACCUCAGAUAAGCAGCUGGAAGGCGUCUUGCCUUCCCCGGUCGUUGAGGAUAGGUCCUCUCUUGGUGAAUUCACAUCUGAUGACGAAAAGAAGCUGUGUAGAAAGGUCGACUUCUUUGUCCUACCGUUGUUGAUUCUUGGUUUCAUCGCCUUGAAUCUCGACCGGUCUAACAUUGCCUACGCCCUUACCGACUCUUUCUUCGAAGAUGUGGGUAUCACACAGAAUCAAUUUAACAUUGGUCAGCAGCUACUCGCGGCUGGAAUUAUAAUCCUCGAGAUUCCGAGUAACAUGGUCCUUAUGCGUUUUGGCCCAGGCAUCUGGUUUACCGCGCAGAUUACGGCUUGGGGUCUCGUGGCUACGUUCCAAGCAUGGCAGAAAGGUCUCGGCAGUUACCUGGCCCUACGUGUUCUGUUGGGAAUCUGUGAGAGUGGCUAUAUCCCUGGUGCUCUUUACUGCAUCUCUAUCUGGUACAAGCAUACUGAGACUAGUUCACGGUUCGCCAUGUUCUUCCUCGGCAACUCUUUCAGUUCUGCUAUUGGAGGAUUGAUCGCAUAUGGCGUUUUGCGUAUGAGAGGCGUCGGUGGUAUGACCGGCUGGCAAUGGCUUUUCAUCCUUGAAGGCAUCUUCACGGUCUUGAUUGGUGUUGCGUUUGCUAUCUUCUUUCCUAAAAGCACCAGAAACCCCGUCAGUCUGUUUGGCAUUUCUUUCUUUACUGAAAAAGAGGCAGAGGUUCUUCGAAUACGAGAGUCUUUCCACGACCAACACGAGGGUACAAUCAAAGGUGUCUCUCUACGAGAAGUCUGGGCGGUCUUUUGCAACUGGCGUGUCUAUCCUCAUCUCCUGAUCGUUCUGCUAGGCCUUGCUCCAGGCGCGGCCUUGAACUCAUAUACGCCAAGUUUAAUCAGCAGCUAUGGAUACUCGAGACUGCAGUCAAACGCUCUGACCUCUGUAAGCUCCUGGAUACAGUUGAUUGUAAACCCAGUAGCUGGUUUUAUCGCAGAUUAUACAAGACGCCGAGGACUUGUUGUGCUGGGUGGUUUUAGUCUUUGGUGGCUCUUCGCGCUCGUGAGUCGGCUUGUCAAUAACGCAGAGUCGUCGUCUCUUCGUUUUGGAAUACUCACAAUGGCCUUAUCCUUCACCUCCAUAUGGCAUCCUGUCAACAGCUCUUGGAUCGUUCUGAAUUGCCGAUCACCCAACGAGAGAAAUAUCUCCAUGGCGCUAUAUAUCAUGGCUGCUAAUUGCGCCGGUCUCAUUGGCCCACAGCUAUUCCGAUCCGCCGAUCGCCCCUACUAUGUCGUUGGCUGGACAGUGAUCAUAUCCUUGCUUUCUUUCUCGCUGCUAUGCUGCAUCCUAGCUAAUAUCAUAUACCGAGCCUUGAACAACCGUCUAGAUAAGAAGUCAUCUUCAAGAUUGGAUGGCGUGGCUGUCGAUGCUGGAGGACAUGAUGGCAAGGAAACUACUGCUUUCAGGUAUGCGCUUUAG